AUGGAUAAUAACACAGAUCAUGCUGAUCCAAACAAUUUUAGUCCAUUAACUAUCCAAGAAGUUGAUGUAGAUUUUCUACCGAUUGUGUACGAAAUCAUACGAAGUGUCGAGCGGGACUUCCACGAUAAUUCAGCUAAGGCGAGAGAAUCACAAGAUUGCAGCCUGAAAGUGUUGGAAUUGCAAAAGAAAUUUGACAUUGCACGUUCUCAGAUAAGACGUCUGCCGGGUAUAGAAUAUAAUAAACAAGAUCAGCUAAAACAGUUUGAUAUUCUCAGGACCCAGCUAAGGCUGAAAAGAGAACUAUUACAGAAGUAUCGUAAUAUGUGCUCCUUUGAAACUUCUUUCAAG